AUUCUCCGUUUCUUUCAACUUUAACAACUGACCGCGGAAAAAAAUAUUGCAAGCUACCUAGCCUGCUAGCUACAGUAGUUAGCUAGCCAGUCAGCCACUUCAUUGCGAACACGGUAGACGCUAGCUAAUAUAUAGUUAGCUUAAAUGCAGCUGGCUAAAUAGUUAGCUAGCUUUAAAGCUAAUUCACCAGGCAAUUAGCAUGUUCGGUGGCAAUGUAAAUAUACAUUUUAGUUGGAAUACAAGUAAAUGUAUUAGCUGGCUAGAUAGUUCCCUUAUUCCUGUUGUUUGAUUACACGUAAAAAGUCAAUAUCGAAACUGAAUCAGCUAGGCUAGCUAAGUUAGUUACUUGUACAACGUUGUCUUAAAAUGAUAGACGUCUUUGUUUAUAGCUUGGCAGUCGUUUUGACGACAAGAUAAUCAUCUUGCUAGCAGUUAUAACAAUUUUUGCGUGCUGCAUUCUGACUUUAUGAAACUUGAAAAUGAUUUCAGUAGCUGUCUAUUUAUAGCUAGUAAUACAGUUACGGCUGGUUGCGUUUGAACCACAGAACUAUAUUGGGUAAAUUAGACUAGAUUGCUGAUGUAACAAUUGUGCCUGAUCGAAAAACUUUGCUUACAAAGUUUCAGUUUCCCGUUGAAAUAACAUGGUUCGGGGGGAAAUUCGUCCCAUUAACCAGAGCUGAUACGUAUUGUAAAGUGCUUAUAAUGUGGUUUUUGGUAACGUUAUUAUGUUUAUUUGAAACUAGAGGCACAGUAGCCAUGUGUGAAAUAACGUAUUUAACGUUACUUUUGGCAUCUGUUUGGGGAAAAGUAGAAUGCGGUCUAAGAGUGCCGCCGACACACCUAAAGUAAAGGUGAGGUAAGAUAUCUUUUAUGGGGCAUCGACAAGAGACUUUAGUCGACACAGACCUGCGCAUGCCAUCGUCAGAUUGUCAGACCUGUCCGUGAUCGAAUUUUGGAUCCCAAUCUCAAUGCUGCAGUAUGAGAAGAUGAUUCCUCCUGUGCCCACCACCGAUGCAUUCUGAAACACUUUUGAUAUGAUGGCAUGUUGAGGGGCGUGGCUGGGCGUGGAGGCGGAGCCAGCCAGGCCUGAAGCACAGAGCGGGGGAGGGGAGGAGGACGGUUGGGGCCGAGAGAGACAUGGGCCAGUGCGUCACCAAGUGCAAGAACCCAUCGUCCUCACUAGGCAGCAAGAGUGGAGACAAGGAUCCGGGGAGCAAGUCCCAUCACAAGAAGGGCGGAGGCGGAGGCUGUAAGGAGGCGGAGCCGGGCCCGGUGUGCGGGAAGUCCACUGGGGACCUGCUGGCCAACGGGACCAAGACCAUGGAGGUGAUCGCGGAGACGCCGGUGAUCCCGGCGCUUUCGGGAGACCCCCUCAAGGACGACCUGUCGGCCAACGGCGAGGACUUCUCGUUGCUGCGCAUCGAGGAGCUCUUCAGCCACUACAAGGACGAGCAGGACGACGCCAUUUUGGAAGAGGGCAUGGAGCGCUUCUGUAACGACCUGUGCGUGGACCCCGCUGAGUUCCGUGUGCUGCUACUGGCCUGGAAGUUCCAGGCUGCCACCAUGUGUAAGUUUACAAGGAAGGAGUUUGUGGAGGGCUGCAAAGCCAUCAAGGCGGACAGCCUGGAGGGCAUCUGCGCUCGGUUCCCCUGCAUGCUGCUGGAGGCCCAGGCGGAAGACAAGUUCAAGGACCUGUACCGCUUCACCUUCCAGUUCGGGCUGGACUCGGAGGAGGGCCAGCGGUCGCUGCACAGGGACAUCGCCAUCGCGCUGUGGCGCCUGGUCUUCACCCAGGACAUGCCCCCAAUCCUGGAGUGCUGGCUGGACUUCCUGACGGAGAACCCGCCCGGGGUGAAGGGCAUCUCGCGGGACACGUGGAACAUGUUCCUCAAUUUCACUCAGGCGAUCGGGCCCGACCUCAGCAACUACAGCGAGGACGAGGCCUGGCCCAGCCUCUUCGACACCUUCGUGGAGUGGGAGGUGGAGCGCAGGAAAAAGUGGGAGGAGGAGAGGAGGUGUACCUGGUCCCCCAGCACAGACACUGUAGACGACGGGGGGGUCACCAAACAAGAGUGACCACUGACUAAUCGGCUGGGGGCAGGGUGUAAAUGGAGGAACACAAGAAGUAGAUUCUCCAUCUGUGAAACAUUGGGUGAAAAUCAAUAUUGUUAUUGUUAGCAUUAUUAUGAUUGGGGUUUUGUGUUUUUCUUUCAUUUUUUUAAAUAAUGGGUUGGGAUGGAUGCGUGUGUGUGUUUGUGUGCGUGCACAUGUGUGCACAAUCAUGUGUGUGUGUGCGUGUGUGUAAUCUCUCCAGCACCCUGUCCUAUUUGCCUUGUUUUAUGAAAGGGCUCUGAAAUACUAUAUUGUUUUUAUUUAAAUUAUUGGGUUUUUAAAAGUUUAAUUCUGGCAAUCAGACAUGCAUUUGCUUUUUAAACAAUAAAUAAUCCAACCCCCCACCAA